CGCAGGACACAGCGUUGAGACGGAGGCUUGAUAGGCGGCAUGGAGACGCCGCAUACGGUUGCUUCGUUGCCGAAGCCACUUGAUGCGCUCAACGGAAAAGUACAAGCUGCUCAAGUGUAUGGUAUCCGAGCGGGCAGGAAGAGGAAGAGACAUGAAAUCGCAGUAGGCAUUGAUGGUGAAGGCGUGAAUGUGUACAACGUGCAGAAUCAGAGCUUGGUCACCUCCUACGCUCUCCCGCCACAAGCCUAUCUCUGCUCUCCGCCAUGCUCAAUCUACGUCAAAGCUGGUCGGAAUGCGGUAGCACAACGACGGACAUACCUCGCGCUGCGAGACGGACCGAACGAUCGAAAGCGAAGGUUCGUGUGCCUAGUGGACGAAAACCAAACGGAGAGAGACGAUGAAGUCGCACACAUCGGACCAAUCAAGCAUGAGUAUCGACUUGCCGAUGCAGAAAUCGCGGGUAUCAAUGUCGUUGCUGCUUCGACGGAUAAUGCGGACGCACUACUUGUUCUGGUCACUUACGAAGACGGCCGAGUAGCGUGUAUGACCGAAGACCUAUCCGCGACUGUAUGGGAGCACACCGAGCAGGACAAUCUUCGUGUGGUGUAUGUGGCUGUCACCGACUCGGACACGGCUCGUAAAGGCUUGCUUACAGGGCGAGGUGACGUCCUGGCCGCUCUUGACAACGCUGUCACGGGCAAUGCGAAAGCCCAGCCGCUCCUCUGUCGGAUUGUCCGCCUCAAUGACCGCCGAGUCUUGCAGCUAUUCAGGCUUCGCAUUCAGUCGAGGGACCGAUUGCAAGCCCGUCCAGACAGCUUGCAAUUGUUAACCAGCUAUGACCUGACUAGUACUGAAACGGGGCAUUUGGGUAACGACACUGCACUCUUCGAUCUGCAUGCUGCUUCGGGAAAGCUGUAUCAACUAUCCUGCGGCAAGUUUACAUUGUUCGAUCUUACGAGCAUUAUACCGAGAGCGAUCCUGAAGAAGGGUGAUGGGACCGAUCCAGUCCUUAGCGUGGCACGCCUCGGAGGUGCGACAGUAUUGGCUGUUUAUAAACACCAGGCGAUCACAUACGAAACAACGUAUGGCUCGGCUGUAGCCUCAGUCUCGCUGGCUUCGUCCGGACACGGGGCGUCUGCUGGCGAGAAGCGCAAGCGGACCGAUGAAGACUCUGUUCAGAUUGCGUUUCAGGCGGUUGCAUGUUACCAAGACAUUGGCCUUGUCGUAGGACUGCGUGGAGUGGAGCUCAUCGGCAUCCAGCUCCGUGAAGUCCUGCGCGGCACAAAGCGCGCUAAAGCCACUCUCAUUGACGUGCUUGAGCGAGGAGUCGGCACAACCGCCGUACGGGCGGCAGGAAGCGCAGCGAAAAGGGUGCAACGCGCAGACCAAUUUGAAGACUGGCAGUCUAAGGUCGGUGUAGCUUGCGAGGGCAACGAUAAUGAUAUGCUGGAGAGUCUCGUCGCCAAAGUCCUGAAGUUAGAGGGUGAGGUACUGAAAGGCACUUGCGACCAUGGUCCGAUCGCCCAUCUCGAUGCUGUCCCGGACUCCAAAACUGCUGCGAAUGGCAUUCUACUGGAUCCGUACCCAAGAAAUGUGAGUACUGCAGAGAUCGAUCGAACGAGAGCGAACUACCUUCUCCGCACACUUUUCCGUUCCCAGGUCGACAACACGGGCGCCCGCACAGAGUCAGUACGGCUUUCGACGACGGCUUCGUCGCCACAGAUAUAUCGCUGGCUUGCACUUGCUGGCUUGUUGACAUCCGCUCAGCUCGAGUCAAGCUUAGCUCAGGACUUAGAGACGUCAAGGAGCGAUCGGACUUGCCAACCCGGGGACAUUAUGGCUGCCCUCAAAGACUUUGACGACACAUUCCAGCUGGUCCACGACGUACUCGCACUGCCAGUGUACUGGGAGCUUCCGGAACUUGUCAAAGCAAUGGCGCUGCUGAUCGAAUCCUUCGAGACUUCACCGGACGAGGAAGAUGCAACGGGACUUCCCACGGCUUCCGCUCCAGCCAACAGCCACCGUGCGCUGGUCAACGGCGAGCUGGAGUCUCAGCUCGAAGUACAGUCCGGACUGGCCGAACGCGAACUGCAGCUUGCAGUUUCAACGCUCUCCAACGGCUUGCAACUAAGAAGCGAGACGUUCCGUAUAAUUGUUGACCGCUUGGGCGCUUUUCCACAGAAAGCCAUCACCGAAGCCAUGCGAGCUAUGAUGCGCCAUGAAGACCUCAUCUUCUUCGUGCGUGUUUUGCGUGUCGAGAUGCUGACAGGCGGGUGGCAGAACCAGUACCUUGGCGCGGACGGAGAGGGGGAGCCGGUCGACGCUCCUGAAGUGGUCGGCGUCGUUGCCGCUAGAACUGGCAACGAAGAGGGUGACGUUCCAAGUGACAGCGCCAUGGGUCGAAUCAGCGUCCUGAUGAAGUGUGCCGUUGAUGCCAUUGGUAUCAGCGGCUGGCUUGUCGGCGAGAGUGCGGAUUCCUUUGCCACGACUGGCAUGCUCCAGGAACUAAAAGCAGAGAUCAGCGCUUGUCUGGAGGGCCUGUACGACUUCGAGUCGCUGGGGAGCUUGUUGGAGGAGCUGUACCGGUACGAGUACGCUCUGGACAAAGCGCAGGCAACGAGUAAGCUGCCAAAACGUCUGCUAGCAUCGGCCGAUGCGCCCUUUGAUACGCUGCAGACGUUGCCACUCGGUAGCACGAUGGACGCCGGGAGUGGAGCUGCGUGGACGGCGGAAGGCAAGAAGAGCAGCCGCGCGCUUACUGCAGAGCGAAGAGCGAAAGUGGGCCGGUAUGUGUUCGAGAGGAUCAGGAUAUAGCAUUGCCGACCACCUCCACCCAUGGCAGAGAUUGGACGAAGCGAUUAAAUAAGCACAACAAUUUGAACCUUUGCCGCCGCCCAUGGGUAUCACAAAAGCACACCGCAAACUCCAUCCCACACACACACAUCCCACCUAUAUCGCACCACCUCACCCAAACACCCCCGCCCUCCGCAUCACUCCCUCGAAAUCCUC